AUGGAGGAUCAUGAUGUGUUUGCCAUUCGCCGGCUGAUCCCAGCCGCCAUCAAUCUCGGCUUGCCGCCAGAGGAGAUUCAGGCGGCCCAGCGCAUCAUGAGCUGGGAGGUGAAGCAGUCCAUGCAGGAAGACGUAGAAGAAGUACGGAACUCCGUAGCUGCCUUGGCACAGUCCAUCUCCAACUUGGAGGUACGCGCUUCGAAGAAGUCCAAGACCGACUCUGGCGCCGUAACCAGCCGACUCGGUGCAGAACUGGAGAAGCGAGUCUUGCAAAAGCUCGACGCCAAGCUCGUCCAGAUCGUUGAGGGUGCCCUUGCAAGAAUUCCAGCUGCAAAGCCAGACAAGCCUCAGGCUAAUCCCCUAGAAGCCUACACCUUCGAGCACUUUGACCUCAAUGGUGACGGGAUCAUAACCCGAGAAGAGUUCAACGAGGCGCGGAGGAGGAUAUUGACAGGGCAAGGCCUCAAGGCACCGUCCAAGACGGCCACCGUGCCUCCUGCACGCGAGAAAGUACCUCGGGGGAUCAUGAUCCACCUCUACUCACAGGCUGCCCGCCGCCUACAGGAGAUGAAAAAGGAGCACAGUGAUGCGGACUUGCAAGCUUCCAGGCUAGUCAUCAAGCACUGCGUCAAGAAAGGGCUGCAGCAAGCCCUCCUCAUGGGUGCCUCCGCACACGACGCGCUGGCGGAGGCUCAGGCCGACAUCGCAGCCAUCCGAGCUUCCAAGAAGCGCGUUGAUGACGCCACAAAGAAGGCUGAAGAGCGUUUGGACGCCGCAUCCACCAAGGUGCAAGCAGUAGCCCGCGGAAGGCAGGUUCGCCAGAAGAAAGACUUGCUGGAGAAAAGCGCCGUGACCCUCCAACGCGCUCUCCGGCGCCUCAGGCAGCAGUGGCACCAAAGCAAGAAGUUCGACUUUGCAGCGGUGGUCAGGGCUGUCAAAGGCCAGCGUAGAGAAUGGGCCAUGGAGUACCAAAGAGUGGCAAGCGAUGCCGGCCUGGACAAACCGGCGUUCGUAGAAGCGCUCGGCCGGGCCUGUACCGAUAGGGUGUCCAGCCUUCAGGCAGAGAAGCUGUGGGAAGGCUACUUGCAACAAAGCAGGGAGGGCGGCCCCAUGGUGAUGACAACCUUCUGGGCAAUCUGUGAAGCGGUCUUGCAGGGAGAUGUCCAGGCAGCUGAGUUUGCAGACAUGACCUUGGAGGAAUACGUGUCCUGUGGACCCAGCGACAUGCAAGUGCCUUGUAUGGGUGCCUCCGUGCCCGACGCGCUGGCGGAGGCUCAGGCCGACAUCGCGGCCAUCCGAGCUUCCAAGAAGCGUGUUGAUGACGCAACAAAGAAGGCUGAAGAGCGUUUGGACGCCGCAUCCACCAAGGUGCAAGCAGUAGCCCGCGGAAGGCAGGUUCGCCAGAAGAAAGACUUGCUGGAGAAAAGCGCCGUGACCCUGCAACGCGCUCUCCGGCGCCUCAGGCAGCAGUGGCACCAAAGCAAGAAGUUCGACUUUGCAGCGGUGGUCAGGGCUGUCAAAGGCCAGCGUAGAGAAUGGGCCAUGGAGUACCAAAGAGUGGCAAGCGAUGCCGGCCUGGACAAACCGGCGUUCGUAGAAGCGCUCGGCCGGGCCUGUACCGAUAGGGUGUCCAGCCUUCAGGCUGACAAGUUGUGGGAUGGCUACCUGCAGCAAAGCGAACAUGGCGGUUCCAUGGUUCUGGCCACUUUUUGGGCGAUUUGUGAGGCGGUGCAGCAGGGAGAUGUCUCCGCUUCCGAGUUUGCAGACCUCACUUUGGAAGAGUACGUGUCCUUGGGCCACAGGGUGAGCAGGACCGAUGCAGAGCUACAAGCAGCGCAGAAGAUUCAGGCCGCUCUCCUUGGGCGCCAGUUUCGACUUCAGGUGAGCAGGACCGAUGCAGAGCUACAAGCAGCGCAGAAGAUUCAGGCCGCUCUCCUUGGGCGCCAGUGUCGACUUCAGGACUGGUCUCAAGCUGAUAUGGCCUCAGAGCAGACACUCGUCGCUGCUCCAGUGCAGACUCCCGAACAGGCAGCGGCCAAAAUCCAAGCCGCCUAUCUUGGUCGAGCUUCGCGCAAUCCUACGGAAAUCCUUGAGGGACCCGCUCCAGCGCAUAUCCGGCCGUGA